AUGAGUAAUCAGAGUUACAAUUUCUUCCAGACAGACACAAAUUCUGUGAAUGUGAACAAUGGUGUCAGCAACAAUCCAGGGGCAUGCUUGUUUGAUGCUGCCGCUUCCAAGAAUUAUCACACGGUGAUUCAGCUAUUUGCUUCUAAUGCAAGAAAUUCAGUCGCUAACUACCUAUCGAUGAAGAAUCGCUGGAAGCAACAGCAGCGUCAACAGGACCUUCAUCAACAAGCAGCUUAUGCCAAAUCAGAGGAAAAAUUGGAUGAAUUCAUGCCAAGUCUCUGCGAUCCUUACUCUCCCGGUCGGUCAUCAGGGGAAGAUGAAACAUCCUAUUAUCGGUUGUUGCAAGAAUUGGCAUAUAUUGUAGAAGAAGGUGUCAAUAAUGUUCCACCAGAGUCGCCUCCGUCGUCACCAUCAGCCUCACCGCCACCAUCAGUGUCUUUGAAAAGACCAUCCACGUCGGUAGCCAUCUCCAAGGAAGCAGAUCGAAUUGCAUGGGAGGCAUCCACGAUGCUCAGCGAGUCUAGACCUCCUUCUGGCUUUUGCGUCUACGACCGGUCGGGCACUAGAACUCCGCCUACCACCAGUAGUGAAGAUUCAUCAUCGUCGAACCACCAGCAGGAUCCUAAUCUACCAUCCAUCUUUGAUGGCUCGGUGGCCAAUGCAACUCCUCCUCCAUUGGGAGGAACCGGGACAGGGGUAUCGGGGGGAGCAGGGACCAUUCUACAUUUGGCGUGUGCUAUGGAUCAGCCGUUGAUCCUGGCCUUUUUGUUGUGCAUGGGAGCGGAUGGCAGAGCAUCUCAUACAGCUUUUCGCAGGCUCAUGAUUCAUGAAGCAGCCUGCAAUGGAUCCAUACAAUGCCUUCAACUCUUGUUGGAACUGGGAAAGGAAUUUGCGGCAGUUGCUGAGGAACACCACAAAACUGACUUUAGUCCAUCCAGUGCUCCGUUUUUUCCUGGGAGUUUUGAUAUGAAACCGAGGACCACUUCUCGGCUCGCCAGAUUUCCACCUCCGAUCAAUAUGCGAUACUUUCGUAAGGAAGCUGCCACGCCGUCGCCAGAAACUGAAAAACCCGACUUUAUUGUAACACUUCGACGCUUUCAAUCCUUUUGUGGAGCUGUCCAACGAGGAGAAAUGGAUGAAUUACAAGCAGCACGAUCAUUGUUGAAGGGUGCCCAGCUGUCGGACUCAACUCGAGCUUCCUUGGUCCGGUCCUGUGCAUUCAAGAGUAGCCGGUUGGCAUCGCGCAGCUUUUUGAGGACCAAUGGAUCUUCCGAUGGUCAUGGAAAUACACCGCUUCAUUGGGCUGCCUUUAAGAAUGAAACCCACUGCGUGUCUCUCCUGUUGGAAUAUGAUGCCGAUCCCAAUGCUCGAGCCCACCCCUCGGGAUGGACACCAUUGCACGAUGCUGCCUACAGCAAUUCGGGAGAAUCCAUUGUGCUACUGAUCAGCAAAGGAGCCAAGGUUGAUGCCAGAGCCAACAGCGGCGCCACCCCGCUUUGCUUUGCUGCUCAAGAGGAUGCUUCCAAGGCAGCUCAAUUGCUAUUGGAUCGAGGAGCCGAUUUGACCGCUCGCUGUGCAGGUACUCCAAGGGAUGGAGCGAACCUUCAAACGGCAGUCACGAGUCAUCCGCACUCUCGAUUCAGCGGAUAUACACCUCUUCACUACUGCGCCCACUACAAUGCUAGCCAAGCGGCUCGGGUGCUCUUGCAAGACAACAAUGCUAAAGGUGGAAUGGAGACACCCGACUUGAGCGGACGCCUGCCAAUUCAUAUUGCGGUUGCCCGGGGAAGCAGUGAUGUCCUACGAGAGCUGUUGCACGCGGGAGCACGUGUUGACAUUCGACCGGUGGUUCCCAAUACCAGUCCACCGCCAGCAGCAGUCACGACGUCUACUGCAGUGACUAUUACUGUUUCCUCUACUAGUUCCCCACCUCUUCUUGGAGCUCUUCCACAGACGCCCCCAAGACAACUUGCAAUUCCCGAGGUAUUCGGAACCCCACGUCAAUCGGCUGAGUCUACCGGUUCUUCAGGGUCUGCGACAUCACCAGUCACCUCCCCUAUCCUUCGAUCCAUGAUCCCAGCCCAACCCAUCAAAUCGUCGAAACCAUGGAAUUGCUUGACGCAACAAGCAAUCGAUGAAUGUCGCGAUUUGAUUGCCAAGGCAGAACAAAGUUGGUGCCCUGAUCUUCACCUGCUCUUUACUCCACAAGAUCGACGUUGUGUAAUGGAAUUGCUACGAGUUGGAAAGCGACUCGAGCAACAAGAGACUUCUAUCUUUGUGGACUUUUGGCCGCUGGUACUGAGCUUUUGCGGUCGUGCCUGGUUCGAACAGGAGAGUCGCAAGCCAGCAGCCAUCGAGUACCACCAGGAACCCUCCGAUGACGACAGCUGCAUGGAUGUUCCAGACGAUGAAGAGUUUGAGGACUAUCUUUCGAUACCUUCCUUAGGUCCGUCAACGUUGUCGUAA